AUGCACUCUGGAGCGGCAGACGUUCAACAGUUUAAGGCCACGGCAUGCUACAGAGAACUCAAAAUGUUGUGCGACGAGUACGACGCCGAGAGCAAAGAGUCAGCAGGCAACGUGGAGCUGAAGGACCGCAUCCUCGCGGUGUGCCACAAAUACCAGCAUUCGUACCAGCAGGUGUUCCACUGCAAGCAGGUGGGCGCCAUGGAGAGCAACCGCGGAGGCGAAAGCGUCCAGUGGCGUCGCGCGCAAGGGCGCGCGCAGGUCAUCAAGACGUCAGGUUUCUCUUUGGAUGCCGUGGCUGGCGAAGACAACCCCUACACCAAGGAGUACGCAAAGUACACGGUGAAGCAGUGUACCAAGCACCCGUGUUUCGCAAAGUACCAGGAGGACGAGAUUCGAAUUGGGGCGUGGGGGGCAACGCAUGGUCUUCACGGGUUUGCUUGCGUCCACGACCGCGUCAAGAGCGAGUACGAGAGCUUGACGAAGGACGGCUACAUGGACCUCGACGUCGUGUGCAACCGAGACAAGAGGGGUCUACUCAGGGACGCGAUCGCCAACGGUGUCAAGUUUACCGUCGUGAAGUGGGUCGUCCACGCGGCGUUGCCCAUGGUUGCCAAAAUCGUCGGCGACGCUCUUAACACGGUGCAGCAGACGUCCGAAGGCGAGACCUGGUUCCAGAACCUGUUGAGCAUCAUUGACGCGGCGUCCUCCAUGGGCGCGCAGCCCGACUGGAAGGCCGUCGCCAAGAAGGUGUUGAAGUCACAGCCUCCGAGAGCAAUGGACAUGCCAGACAUGGUAGACUACAUCAUCAAGUGGGGCGGCAUGCCCAGCGGUGGUUUGAUCAAGGAGCUAGCGCCCCUGCUCAACCACUACGUGCCUUCCGACCGCGUGGUGCCAGGCUUGUUCUUCAAGCAGCUAGCGGAGCUCAAGUUCCCCACCGGCUGCACGCCAGCGCACGUGGUGAAUGCCGUCCUGUUUCGGCACGCCGCGGCGGAGGACUGCGUGAGGGACGGGUUCGCAGGGUAUGUCACCAAGCCCGACUUGGCCAUGCUCUCAAAGCCCGACAAACGCCAGGCGGUGACGCAGGCGAACGGCGCCCUGAUGCGCGCGAAGGCCAUGCUCGAGGAAGUGGAGUUGGACCCGUCAGUGAAAGAGUCGUUGAAGGGCCAGCUCAUGAUCGACGUCGUGGACUUCCUGAUGGACAAACAGGACAAGGCGAAGAUCAAGGGCACGGGCUCCGAUGGCAAGGGCAAGGACGCCACGGGGAAGAAGGGGUUGGUGGCGAUCCUUGAGGAGUUCAUCGCCAAGUUGGACGGCAACCCAGGUGAUGGCCCGACGCAUCCAUCAGAAGAUGGUGCCGCCUCGUCAGCUUUGGCGGCAAAUUUCGUGCAGUAUACCGACGGUGGCGAGGCUUCGGGCUUGGGCCAGACCACUGCGCUCAACAAGGACAUCGUUGUCGGCGCGCACUUCAGACUCCGAAAGCCAUCCGAGGGCACGCCGCUGGCAAUCGUGGAUAUUUGGAAGACAACGGAUGUCAGUGGCAAUGGUACUGUUACUUUCAAGAAUUUGAAAUUUGACGGCACGCUUGACGGCGAUAGCAUUACAUCCAAACCAUUGCAGGAAGUCGAAGAGCUGUUCCAGACUUGCAAGGCUAGGGAGUUCAUGGCCAACUAUCCCCACUGCGAUGCUGUCAACGACAAGGACUGCAUCACUUUCGAGCUCAAAAGCAUGAUCUUUGCCGCGCUUAAUGCGCUGCAUCGCAAACACGGGGUGCAGCACGCCAGGCCCAUGAAGAAACCUGUAAGGGCAGUGCUUGCCACGAAGGAGCUCGGCAUUGGAUGCUACGUCGCAGCGCCUGGUACUCGGUCCGUUGUGCCGCAGACGAAGGACGUCGCGGCGUGCCCGCCCAGGGCUCUCGAGGUCAGCGCCCCCGUGGACGGCGCCCCGAAGAUGUUCAUCAUGCCGUCGCCGCCGGCCGAUGAGUUCGUUAGCCAGUACUGGUGCCUCAGCGUGGAGUCUGACAGGGCCAAGUGCAACUGCAAGCUCACCAUGCUUACGGCGAACGCGAAGCGCCCCGUGGUCGGCGAGAAGAUGACGGGCCCAACGAUCGACAUCACCAUCCCGUGCGCCACGAACUUCAAGAAAGUUGCCGAGCACGAGGAGCUCGUGCUUAACUUGGAGGCGGUUGCCACUACAAAAAAGGCGAAGAUAUCUGAGCCCGUUCUUCAAUCGAAGCGGGCUCGCAAGUCUGCGUGA